AUGUCCCUAGCUAAGAUUAACGCGGCUAGCGUAGAUCCUAUUUUAGAGGACGAUAAAUUUAAUAUUAGGAGCCGAGAAGGAGGUAAUAGUAAAGGGGUAGAAUAA